UACAACAUCAACGGAAUUUUCCAACGCGCCACGAGUUUUGCAAUUCAGAGCGUAAAACUCAAAGGACAAGUUGAGAGGAAGGAGACACUUGUAAAUACAUGGAGGCUCGGCAAACUAUCGUUAGACUUUAUCACGAUAUCUGCGCUCCCUACACAAAGAGGCCACUAAUGCGGCACUCUGCGUUACUGAUACCUAUAAAACGAAGAGGGAUUGUUUUGCAAUAUAAGCUAACGUCUUAACAGAAAUCUUGACUCUGUUUGUUACGUGCUUGUAUGGAGCUCUGAUCGCUUCAAACUGGUAUCCGGGCAGAGGUUAUAGACGUAAAUGUUCCGUCCAAACCAAGGAGUGUCUCCGUGGAACUAUGUGAAUUUAAUAAUACGUCAUCGCAUCGGUCUUUGGUCUCUCUUUCAUUUUAACAACUCUAUUAGGUCGUGACAAAAUCAGCUUAAUCGGAUCAAAGAGCAUCGGAUCAACUUUACAGAGGAUCCAUCUCUGUAAAACACGACGACUGCACAUGUUGUCAUCCAAAGUCUAAUCAGCAAUUUGCUAAGGCUGGAUAUUACUCCUUUCGAUGUAACAUACAGAAUGAACGUGUCAAACACAAACAACACGCAGAGAGAUUGGAAACCAAGUACCCCAAUUUACGAAGUGAUCUUAUGGUGCAUAAUAUACAGCCUCACAGCAGUUGGCAUAAUCUGCGCCAACGUGUUCGCCGUUUACGUUUUCACAAUGAAGAGGCUGCUACGUAAGAGGAGCAAUAUUCUCCUAUUGAAUUUAGCCACCGCUGACUUGAUGGUUGGAGGAAUUGCCUUCCCAAUGUACAUUUAUAUUUUCUAUAACUCGCACAAAAGCUUCUUAUGGAAAGACAUGAUCGCGAACCAUGUGUACCUCGGUGUGGACAUCUUUUCAGGAUUAUCCUCUAUGUUUAUUUUAGCAGUUAUUGCCUUGGAAAGGGCAUAUUCUGUCUACCGACCCCUCAAGCACCGCUGUGUUUCUAGGAGGUCAAGGCUCUAUUGGUCGUCUGCAGCUUGUGUGUGGAUGACUUCCGGAGUCCUUACUUCCCUGAAGAUUCUAACAUCGCUCGGAGUUGUAUCUUCUUCAUAUGACAAACAUGUUAUUUUCAUGUUCGUCUCCAUCGCCUUGGUGACCAUAAUGGCUGCCCAUGCUUCUAUCUGGACCAAGAUCACAAUACGAAAAGAAAACCUCGAUUUUAUAGUCAAAGAGAAGUCCGUUGCCCUUGCCAUGCUAUUAGUUACUGUCGCCUUUAUUGUGAUGUGGCUUCCAUUUUAUUUGUUAAAUGUAAUUUACAGUUUUGAUCAAACAGUUCUGAAAUCCGUCCCCUUAAAUUUUUUUUACUUUGCUAAACUAUUGCAAUAUGGAAACUCCGUCGUGAAUCCAGUUAUAUACACUUUGAAGCUUCCGCAAUUCCGUAGGGCUUUGCGAAGAUUACAAAGCUUCAAAACUUCUACAAAGACAGACAGAGAAGUACCACUGUAAUUGCACGAGUCUCUUACUUGAGAUGACUCAGUAAGAUAUAAUCUAAAACGUUAAUCCCGCCCUUAUGUAGGUUGAGUAGGAAUCCUACAGAGAGUACAUUUCUUGGUCUUGUUUAACCUAUUACGAGAUUCAUUAAUCCGUUCAAUUGAUUGUAUAUUUGAAAAAUUCAGUUUCGGAAUUUAACACCCUUUUCGCUCGUGAGCAUGUUGCUGGGACCAGACAGCUUUUAGAUAGUUAGCCCUUCGCUCCGACGAAGGGCUAACGCUCGAAACGUCAGCUUUUAUAAUCGUAACGGUGGCCAAUU